GGAAAACCAAUUUCCUAUCUACCUAUUUAAAAUUUUAAGACGUCCAUGGAGUCCAACUCCUGAAAUCAUGGAUCCCUUGCACAAAUUCGGGUGGGAGUUCGGAUCCAUGGACCUUAACAACAGAACCCUUUGUUUGUUCGGACCACCGAUAAGAGCCUGCGGAUUGAGAAGCAACGCCAUAUUCGUUUUCCUCCUUUACUGUUCUUCUCAGUUGAAGUACGAGCACAGUCUUUAUCAGAUGAAUACUGGUAAUGAUAAUUCCACUUUGUUGUUAUAAUUAAGCUGAAAUAUCUCUAUUUAUGUUCUUUAGGAAGUACUUCGAGUAAUCUGUUGUAAAUUAGGAGCUUUGUAGCUCAAGAUCUGGAGCUCAUUUUUCAAUUUGGGUAAGUAGUGCUCCUUCUGAUAUGUUGUUUCGUUUUCUUUCCCUCCUUGAUGAUGAGCUCGCAAGUGUUUACCACUGUUGAUUUUGAUACGGAUGAUGGUUUUAGGCGCUGAAUUGGGGGUGAUAUGCAGAAUCCCUCUUUUUAAAUGAAGUUAGGGUUUUGGUAAUUUGAAUUUGUGCAAUCGAGAAAAAUUGGAAGGUUCUGAAUUAGUGAUAACUUCGGAUUAUAUGCGGAAAGCCCCUUUUUCCACGAAAUUAGGGUUUCGACUGACUGAAAAUUUUCAAUUAAGUUGGUUAGGUCGAAAAAGAGAUUGUGAAUUAGGUGCAAAGUUUAAUAUCUGUUGGAAUUCAUAGUUAAUACUCUGUAAUUCAUCUUCACUUAUAAUUUGGAUUUGAUUGUACAAGUUUAGGGUUUCUGUCUAGUGUGAUCUUCAUCUUAGGGGAAUUCAUAAACUUGGGCUUGUGAGGGUAUAUUUCAAAAUGGAUUAUCGUCGAGAAAAUGGGUACUCCGGCGGCAAUGUCGUGCAAGUAGUUUCCGGAAGCUCGGGGAACGGUGGAAAUGAUAGUUGGGGAUUGGGAGUGAAUGAUCAGGCGAUAUGGGCGACGGAGGACGACUACGGAAUGUGGAGCAAUGAAGCUAUGGGAGAUCUGAAUUCAAGUUACGAUGGGAGACAAUCGCAGUCGCGAUCGGGGAGUGAGCCACCGAGCAAAAGAUCUAGAAGCUCCCAAUUGGCGGACAUAAUGGGGUCGAGCCGGUCGAAAGCGAUCGGAAAGAUGUUCUACAAGACAAAGCUGUGUUGCAAGUUCCGGGCCGGGACUUGUCCCUACAUAACCAACUGCAAUUUUGCACACAGCGUGGAGGAGCUGCGGAAGCCGCCGCCAAAUUGGCAAGAAAUUGUGGCUGCGCACGACGAGGAUCGGGGAGAAUCGGCUGAGCCGAGGGAGGAGUUUCAGAUACCGAUCGUGGGGGUUACGGACGAGACGCAGAGGUCUUACAAAGGGAGGCAUUGUAAGAAGUUUUAUACCGAGGAGGGGUGUCCUUACGGCGAGAGCUGCACGUUUCUGCACGAUGAGCAGUCAAAAUCCCGGGAAAGUGUGGCGAUAAGUUUGGGGCCGGGAAGUGGCAGCGGGUACGGGAAUGGAAAUGGAAAUGGGAAUGGGAAUGGGAAUGGGAAUGGGAAUAGUAAUAAUAAUAAUAGUGCGACUGGAUCAACUUUGAAGCCUUCGAAUUGGAAAACGAGGAUUUGUAACAAGUGGGAACUUACGGGAUACUGCCCCUUCGGUAGCAAGUGCCAUUUUGCUCAUGGAGCUGCAGAAUUGCAUCGAUAUGGUGGUGGACCGCUGGAUUCCGAGGCGAAAGAUUCAUCAACUCCGGAUGCCAAACAAGGCACAACACCUGUAAAAACUUCAGUCGAUGCUGUUGCAUCGGCGGCCGCAGUUCCUCAUUCCGAUGGUUAUCAUGUAGGAGUUCCCUCACAAAGGUUGUCUAGCGCAAUACAAAAAACCGGACAAAGAAUUGCUCACAAAUGGAAGGGGCCGGACAAGAUUAGCAAGAUUUACGGCGAUUGGAUCGACGAUCUCUACUAGAGUCGUGACUUGAUAAAAUCGGCAGGGACAAGGCUUGUCCCUAUGGCUUGCUCGUAAGUUUCUCCCUUGUUGUUCUUGUUGUUGUUGUGACAGAAUGUCGAUUACAGAUCUCUUUCUUUAGAAGUCUUUCCUUUUUAGGUUUCGGAUAUAAUGCUCGUUCAAUGUUUUCGUCUAUUUAAGAUAUCGAUGUUGUUCUUGUUUCGGUUUAA